AUGCUUGAUAAUAAGAAUAAUCCAAAUAUCCAAAUAACCUCGGCAUUAGCUAAUUUUGAAAUAUCAAAAAAAAAAUUACAAACAUGGAUCACUAAUGGCACAAUACCAUUGUUUAAUGAAUUUUAUGUUAAAACAGGCAUCGAACCUUCAAAUAUGGUCAUUGAAUUUUAUAAUCAGGGGCUCAAAACUAAAGAAAUAACAUUGGCUAGCGAUCUCAAUAAUACAAUCGAUGCGUCUAUAAUUCAUCAUAUUACAAAAGUAAAAGUUUUAGAUAACAAUCCAAAAUCUACAUUUAAUGUAUUGGUACAACAGGGCAACGUAGAUGAUGAUCAACUUUAUCAAUUAGAUGAUUCUGUUUACAAAAAAAGAACAGAUUCUGUUUAUAUGUGGAAACAAAGUAUGAAAGCAGAAAUCGAAUCAGCUACUCGGCAGAGGAUUGAUUUAUUGAAAAAAAACUUAAAUAAAGGUUGCAUUGUUCUAAAAGAUGGUAGAAAAGGUAUAUUAAGAUAUGUUGGUUGCAUUUCGGAUACGGUUACAGGUGCUAAUAAUGAUAGUGAGAUUUGGUGUGGGGUAGAAUUUUCUGAAGCUGUUGGUAAAAACAAUGGAUGUAUAAAUGGGCAAAGGUAUUUUGGUCCAGUUAGUGAGAAACAUGGUGGAUUUUUCAAACCAACUUCGCUUGAUCUUAUAAAUGACAACUUUGAAAAUGAUGAUGAACUAUAA